CUCUUUCCCCAACCACCACUAUCGCAAAUAGUCCACGCGAGGAUGAGCACACCCACACGGAAGAUCGGCGGCGCAGACGUGUCCGAGAUUGGAUUUGGCGCGAUGGGGAUUGCGGCGUUCUACGGGGCGACCGAGCCGGAUGAGGAGCGGUUCAAGGUGUUGGAUGCGGCAUAUGAAGCGGGUUGUCGCCACUGGGACACUGCGCACAUCUACAACGACAGCGAGGAAUUACUCGGAAAAUGGUUUAAGCGGACGGGGAAGCGGAGCGAGAUCUUCCUGGCAACCAAAUUUGGGAUUCCGGCGGACGGCAGCGGGCCGCGCGGCGACCCCGCAUUCGUCCGUGAGCAGUUCGCGACAUCCAUCCAGCGCCUCGGCGUCGAUUAUGUCGACUUGUAUUACCAGCACCGGGUGGACCCGAAGACGCCGAUUGAGGUCACAGUCGGCGCGAUGGCCGAGCUCGUCAAGGAGGGUAAAGUGAAGUAUCUUGGGCUGUCGGAGUGCUCCGCGAAAGCGCUACGACGGGCACACGCCGUACACCCAAUCUCGGCCCUGCAAAUCGAGUAUUCGCCGUUUGUGCUGGACAUCGAGGACCCCAAGGUCGGCCUGCUGGCCACCGCACGUGAGCUCGGCGUCACCGUCGUCGCCUACUCGCCUCUCGGCCGCGGCCUCCUCACCGGCCGAUACAAAUCGCCAGAAGACUUUGAACCGGGGGACUUCCGGCGCACGAUCCCCAAAUACUCGGCGGCAAACUUCCCCAAGAUCCUCGAGGUCGUGGCGCGCCUGGAGAAGAUCGGCGCGCGGCACGGCGCGACCGCGGGGCAGGUGACUCUCGCGUGGAUCCUCGCGCAGGGCCCCGAGUUCGUGCUCAUCCCCGGCACCAAGAGUAUCAAGUACUUGACAGAGAACAUCGGCGCGUCGAAGGUGCAGCUGAGCGCCGAGGAGGUCGCAGAGGUACGUGCGAUCGCGGAGGAGUGCGAGACGGCGAUUCCCGGGACACGGUAUGCGGGCCAGCGCAUGGAGUGGCUGCUGCUGGAUAGCCCGGAGCUGCAGAAGUGA